AUGUCCGCCCCAAACAAACGCUCCCCAACCUCAUCAACAUCCUCCUCCUCCUCCUCCUCCCGCACACCCACUAAACGCCUGCUCACCGAGCUCUCAACCUUCAACGCCUCCCCCCCCUCCUCGCACCCGACCCUCCUCUCCCUCGUCCCCUCGCCCUCCUCCCUACUCUCCCUCCGCGCCAUCCUCACGGGCUCGCCGCUCCCGAUAUCAACCGGCUACUCCUCCGGCCGCUGGCUCCUCAACAUCACCGUCCCCGCAAACUACCCGAACUCUCCACCCACGAUAACCUUUGUUACGAAGAUCUGCCAUCCGAAUGUGAAGUGGGAGACGGGGGAGAUUUGUCUCGAUGUGCUAAAAGAGAAUUGGACCCCUGUGCUGGGCGUUGUGGGUGCGUUGGAGGCGGUGGGGAGACUACUGGGGGAGCCAGGCGUGGAUAGUCCGCUUGGAGUCGAGGUUGCGGGUUUGUUGCGGCAGGGGGAUUUGGUUGGUGCGAGGGGCUUGGUGGGGUUCUGGUGUGGAGAGGAGAGGUUUGAGGGGGUUUUGGAGGAGGGCGGGGAGAAGGAGCAAGCGGGCGAACAGGUCCGAAUGGGAUUACAUGGCUGGGAGAAGGACAGAGUCCCAGACUAUACGACUAGCGUUGCAUUGAAUGAGGAUACAGACUAUGGGGGCUUUACAGUGGACAAUUAUCAGCAAAGGAGGUGCUUCUUCCUUGGUGAAGCAUGA